UGCCUAUAUCUCUCUACAAGGCUUCAUUCAAAGCCGGCCAAUGCCCUUUGCGAGCUCCAUAGGCAUCGAUCGAUAGGUUCAUCUCCGCCGACGACGGCGGCGACUCAACGAUUGUUCUCAAGGAAUCAAGGCUAUGGCUGAUGAAGAGAAGCGUGAAGGUCUCUACCGAGUUUUGCUAAAUCGAUUUCGAAAUUUGGAGGUGAGUCAUGCGAAGCUUAGAGAACAGUUCCAAUUGUUGUUAGAAGAGACUCAAGAAGAGGAGAGAAGGAGAAGAGGUGAAGAAGGACCUUCAUCUUCAUUAGAUUCCUCUGGUUUUGAUCAUAUUCCAGGUUCCUUAUUGUCGAAUAUUCCUUACCGGAAUGUGUUGGAGUCUAUGGGACCUGCUGUCCAUGUCUGCAGGAUUUCUUCUGGGGAUAUCAUUUACUGGAAUCGUUCUGCUGAGAAACUCUAUGGAUGGAAGAACUAUGAAGUACUUGGGCAAAGAGUUAGUGAUCUACUUAUCAGGGAAGAAAACUAUACAUCCCUCGAGAAAAUCAUGGAAGAAUUGAGCACUGGUCGAUCAUGGUCAGGUCAGUUUCCUUUUAAGAAGAAGUCCGGUGAAAAAUUUAUGGCGAUAGUGACAGAAAGCCCUUUAUAUGAGGAUGGUGAGCUUGUUGGUGUUAUUACUGUCUCAAGUGAUGCAGCUUUAUUUAAUAAUAUAACCUCGGAAAAGGUAAAAACAUAUCGGGAUCGUGCCCAUGGCCAACCUAGAGAACGGGGGUUAAACAUGAAAAAGAUUCAGUGGCAACCACAUCCACACAUUUCACUGGUGCCACAAAUUUCAUCGUCUGUUACGAAUCUGACCUCAAAAGUCUUCUCACUCAGGCGUGGAGAUGCUUGUGUGAGUACUGUCAAAGAAGAACCGGUGUUACAUUCUGAAGACUUGGAAUCAGUAAAGACUGGAAAGCCAGAAGAUAAGUUACUUGUUCAAGGAGCUGAUGUUACUGUACGAGAAGAUUCUGAGAAUGUUGCAGAACAUGGUUCGGAUUCUAUGAGCAGUGUGCUGUCAAGUACUUCAAACUCCCUAAGAGUUUCAGAGACAAAUAUGGAUCACUGCACUGUUCGUGUGGACAACAAGAACGUAGAACCUAGUAAGAGCAAUUCUGUUUAUGCUGUUAAAAGUGUAUAUUCAAAUGGCCACAGGAUUAAUCGUUCUUUUGAGGGGUGUUCCUCCACCACAGACAAUAAUCCUUCUGUGACAUCUUGGUUGGAGUGUUGCAAGAAUUCUGGGGUGUCCGGAACUGGAAUUCCAUUGCCUCGAUUAGGCCUUGAAUGGAAGGGAAAGGAGCAGAUACAGCCUGAUACAGUGAACUGUGAAGCUUUAGAAGCAGAAGGUACAACGCAAGAGCCAGAACUGUUGCCAUCUUCAACUUUGCUGAGUUCAGGGGAGAGUGUUAUUAGUAGCCAUGCGAGUUUAUCAACAAAUGAGGAUAAAGAAUCAACCUCGAUGAUCGACUGGGAGAUUAAUUGGGAAGACCUGCAUUUAGGGGAAGAGAUUGGGCAAGGUUCAUUUGGUGUUGUAUAUCGAGGAAUUUGGAAUGGAUCGGAUGUUGCUAUAAAAAUUUAUUUUGCCAAUGAUUACCGUGAAGGGAUUCUAUUGGAUUACAAAAAAGAGAUUGGUAUGAUGCUAGGACUAAGACAUCCAAAUGUACUGCUGUUCAUGGGGGCAGUGCAUUCGCCCGAACGGCUUGCUAUAGUGACAGAGUUCUUACCCAGGGGAAGCCUAUUCAAAACAUUACAGAGGAACAAUCUGUCUUUGGAUAUGAGACGCCGUUUGAGGAUGGCACUUGAUGUUGCCCGGGGUAUGAACUAUUUGCAUAACCGGAAUCCACCAAUAGUUCAUAGAGACCUGAAAUCUUCAAAUUUACUUGUUGACAAAAACUGGACAGUCAAGGUUGGAGAUUUUGGCCUUUCGAAGUUGAAGAAUGCUACCUUCUUAACAGCAAAAUCUGGAGGAGGGACACCCCAGUGGAUGGCACCUGAAGUGCUCCGGAAUGAACCUUCAGAUGAGAAGUCUGAUGUGUUCAGCUUUGGUGUCAUUCUAUGGGAAUUGAUGACUGAAUCCAUUCCAUGGUCUCACUUAAACUCUUUGCAGGUUGUUGGUGUGGUAGGUUUCAUGGAUCGUCGGUUAGACAUACCAGAAGGCCUUGAUCCCAGAGUCUCAUCCAUCAUCCAUGAUUGUUGGCAAAGUGACCCUGACUGCCGGCCUUCCUUUAAAGACAUAAUUAUGAGAACGAGGGACCUCAUUCAGACAACUGCAACAGUGUCAGGGGCAGAACCUUGAGGUGUUUUGAUGGGUUUCGGGGGAUUCAUUUGAAGAAGACAAGGUUCUGAGAGUCUCAGUUCUAGAAGACAGGUCAGGGACAAAGAAAAUGGAAGUGGAUAUGGUUUAAGAAAAAUACAUCAGAGCUGUGCCAUGCAAAAUGCUAAUAUCAACGGUGGUAGUGAUCGUUAUUGUUGUUAUUACAUGUAGUGAUUGCAUGAAUUGAGUAAUGAAACUCUGAAAAGGGCGUUGCACGGACUACCAAGUGGGGGCUAGCGUGAUAGAAGAGUAUCCCUUAAUAUCAUUUUUGUUUGAAAAACCAUAGAACGGGGAAUGAAGGUCGAUUCUGUGCAGUGUGAUAGAGGCCGGAGAUGAACGCUUGGUGUUGGCGUGGCUUGUUGAUUGUUUCACAGGGAAAUGUGGAGGAGCUGAUGGCUCUAAUCAUCAAACAAAGAUUCUUUCUUUCUUUCAUAUGUCCUAUCUUUUGAUUCAUGUGAGAGACAGACACAGUGAAGAACAAUUUCUGACAGACUUGGCUUACUGGAAACAGUGUGGAGGUGGCUGCCUUUCAGUUCAGUCUCAUCUGCCUCAACUCUGUAAAGUGUUCUGCUUUCUGCUAUAAACUGGGGCAGCUUCAUGGACAGUACAUGUUCUAGUUGAUGUUGGAGAAGUAAGAAAUUUUUUGGAUUUCCAGACAUGUGGAUAUGUUUAUAAACACUCAGAUUCGACAGAGACCAUGCUCAAUGCAGGACAAGAUACAAGCUAGUACCCAAAAGGUUCUCAAGUCUCAGUAAAAGAAAACCACAUAUUUGAGUAACCCCAGAGUUGUGUUUUUGUCCUCCAAUGAGAAGUUUCUGAACCACAGAAUUAAAGAAAAGAAAGGAAACUCAUUUAAAAUGCUCA